CGUUGCUUGCUCGAUACAACCAGCGUUGGUCACCGUCUGUACUCUGAAGCCUAGUCAUUUGAGGGGUGAUGACUGUAGCACAUGCACGGCUCGGACUGAAGGAAGAUUGACAGAUUGUGAACCGAUAUUGCACAGGAGUUGUCACACUGGCUGACACGACCUAGGUAGGAAGUGGCGAUUAACCACAGAGCGAAACUCUCCAUUUUGACACCCAGUCUAUCAAGUUUCCUUUCAAAAUUCCCCGAUUAGGAAUUUGUGACAGCUGAUUUUGAUUUUGGAUUCUAGGAACAGCUAUAUUGGGGUCAGUACAUGUGUAUUUGAAUGUGUGUAAGACUGGAUAACACCCAGCAAACGAGCUCUGAAAAAUAGUUUUGAGAGCGACCUCAACACCGGCUCCAUGUGCUAUUGCACAACGGUGCGCCAUAUUGGAUCGAAUAGUUCGGCCUCGAAGUGAAACUGACACGCAAGUUGCCAGAAAUAGUAACACUGAAGCGCAGCGAUUGGUCCACAGUGACGGGUUUCUAAAACGAACCUGGUCACGUGAUGCCGAGUAUAUAAGCAAGUGGGAUUCCCCUGGCCACUUGUUGUUGCCUGCUCGAUCGGACUGUGCACAUCGUGGUGGUUAGGCCCUUGAACCACCGACGAUUGGACUCCGAGGCUCCCUAGUGUUGUCCACGCCGCUUCUGUGAGGACUGAGUUACUUACAGACACAAGGUGAACAACAAGGCCAGUCCGAGUGUUGGGAUCACUCAUUAGCUAGCUGACGGCCUUCGCUAGUAUUGUCUUGCUGCUUGCCGGCUGCCAGCUGAUCUGCUAGCCGUCAGGUCGCCUGUGACCUACUUACACAGGAGAGAGAAGAGAGCACGGCAACACCCGGCAGUCAGACAGCCAUUGCUCUUAACUCGGGUACAAACAGACGGCAGACAUGGAGAGCUUAGCAGAGGAGUACAUUAAUACAUUCGAUCUGGACCAGUUGGACUUUGCUGAAAUCAAGCGUGAGUUUGACGGGAGGGCCCGGUCGGCUUGUUGUGUAGCUGAUGCCCCUGGCCCAGUGAGCCCUGCGACCCCCGAAUGCUGUCUACCUCCCUCCCCCGCGCUCACGGACGAUCUUCCCAGCCCCAAGGAGCAGAAAUCUUUGCUGGAAGACCUCAACUGGCUGCAGUGGAGUGCUGGUCUGCAACUGAACGCCCUGUGUGCUCCAGACUUCUCGCCGGAACAUGCCCUAGAGGAAAUCAUCAAUUCUGUGGAAAGUGCUCCUCCGUCCGUGGCAACAUCCAUAACGGACGAGGAGGAAGAUGAUGAUGAUGAUGACGACGACGACGGACUCAUUACCGACUUUGAUGACAUUUCUGACGUUGAUGAGAAGGUGAAAAAAGAAGUCGACGACUCGCCUCAGGUCCCCCAAUCCAAGUCACGUGCGAAACAUGGUCGUGGAGAGCGUGCAACUCGUCUUGGUGACGAGGAGUUGGUGACGUUACCGGUGCGGGAGCUCAACAGACGCCUGCAAGGGUUCCCUAAAGACGAAGUUCUCAGGCUCAAGCAAAAACGCAGGACACUUAAAAACCGAGGCUACGCACAAAACUGUCGUUCUAAACGUCUGCAGCAUAAAUACGAACUAGAGAACACGAACACGACAUUGCAGCAGCAGAUUUCAUCCCUGCAGCGUCAGGUAAGCCACUUGACACGUGAACGAGACUUGUACAAGCAGCAGUGUGGCCUCUUGAGGUCACAGGUCAAGGCAGCAACACCCCACAGGGGGAGUCGGGAUGGCUCUGUCAGCAGUAGCUACCCUAGCUCUCCCGACGACAACUUCUAACCCUCCUUCCCUCCACCCUCCCUCCACCCAAGCUGACAGAUGGGGACUUCAUGCUGUGCCUAAAUUCUGUGAUUCUAAUGCUAAUUCAUUUUUUCUACAUGGAGAUUAUAUUUAGACUGUGCGUGCAAGUAAGGAGUGCUCGUGCCCGGUGCACGUGAAUUGGUGUUGCCAGAACGAGGAUUGAGUGCUAGCUAAGACCGACAGCGUGCAGCCGACAUGGAAACCUCGCUGUUGAAGACUUGGAUACUUGCCAGCUCAGCUGAUCGUCUAACCAGUCCUGCCUCAGCGAAACUAGGUCAUCGCAUUCACUACACUACAAAUACGUUAUUUAUUCUGCUAGACUUUUCAACAGUCUCCUCAACAAUGCAAAAUAAAGUGUAUCUACUGCAAUGGCUGUGCAACGAGGCCUACCCACUACACAAUUCACCAUGGACUUUAUGCCAUAUGCUGUUGGUCGACUCACGGCGCCUCCCGCUUGCUGGAAGUGUAUUGAUUUUCUAGGUAGGCAACAUAUAGUCGAUGUGUCUUCUUUGUGUCGAACCCACUUACAAAGUGAAUGCUUCGAUGAAUUAUCGAUCACACCAAUGUUCCACAGAUGUAGAGUUGCAUACUGGCAAAUAGCCCUGUAGUCGGUCUCUGGUUUCGACAUAGUGCUCUAUUAAAGAACUUCUGUUCGUGUUUUUUGUCACACUUAAACACUGUUACAAUUUGUUAAAAAGUUUUAUUGAAUAUAUUGAUUAAUAUUGAAUGUUCAGACCAAAAUCCAGACAUCAUGCUAUUUGAUCAUAUCAAACACAUGUUCAUUGUUUCAGUAUUUUUCAAAAGUCAUGUCUCAAAUAGUAUGAUGUUUGUCUGACGGACUGACAGGUUGCCAUUGAAAAUCUUGUGAUAAAAAUAUUCUGCCUUGAGCAGACUGAAGCCGUGCUAUUGCUGUAUUAGUGUUGAGUUUCAUGGUUAAUUGUGUGAUAGCGUGUCACUUUUUACCUGCAUUCAGCAGUUGCCACCUAUUGUUAGCAGUUACCAAUGUUACACCAUACGAAGGUUCAAAUGUUUAUAUUGUUAAUUGAUAAUAUUUAGUAGUUGAUAUUUUUAUGGUUAUUUCUGUAAUUUAACCUGUUUUAGUUCACUGCAUGUUUGAUGUUGGUGUCGACUGUUGCAGCACUAACCUGAUAAUAUAACACAGAACAUAUCGACGUGUUAAACGUGUACAUAUUUCACUACUACACGUGCACAGUUACACACGUGCGUGUGUCCCACUCUGUCACAUCUCCUGUGCAUUCUGUUACAAAAUGGUGUUCAAGCACUAUUGGAUGUCUCCGGUGUGAAGACCUGACCAAGGGCAAACAACUCAGUAGUUUGCACGCGGGACACCUUCUUGACUGUGAUAUAUGUAAAAUGUCAGUGCACUGACAGCCAUGUUGCCAUGGUGAUGAAUCUUUACUGCAAGAAUGUGCUGUUAUACCAAUAUACUGUCAGAUAAAGGCGACUGGUGGGUACCGGACAUGUCAGCCUACUUUGUAAUGCUUAUAUUUCUCCCCCCGAUUGAGAAGUGUGCUGGGGAGAAGUUGAUCUCGGACAAACCGGAAGAUGACGAUUGACUAUGAAACUGUGUGUGUGUAUGUAUGAACCGUAUAAGACUAAAACGACAAAAAAAGCAAAAACUAACAUAAAAAGGGCCACAACAACCAAAUACCUUGUAUACGUUUAUCUACUUGUAUGUAUGUAUGUGUAUGUAUGAAAAAAAUGCAAAAAAAUCCUAUCCCUCAAGUGGGAAUAGGGAAAAAAAAUAGCAAAA